AUGAAUCUCAGACAAACAGUCGAUCCCAAUGGAUAUUAUGCAAGACUAAAUCGUGGAGAAAUAAAUUUAAGUUAUCGUUAUGUUGCUGAGCAACAAUGUGUACGAAGUCGAAGACAUUUACCAGCAAUUGAGAAUGAGAUUCACAACGUUGCUCAAAGAAUUUUGCUUCGACUAAUGAAAGGAGGCCGAAAUGAUUAUGUUAGUGCAACAGGUCAAGAGACAAUUUCACGUUCACAUUGUGCCUACCUCCGACGUGUUUACCAGGUGAGUAAACAUACUAAUUGGAUUCUGUAA